ACUGUCCCUGCCAUAAGGUAGUGUGACGGUGGCACGGCGGAGCUGCGACUGUGAUACGCCAAAGUCAUCAAGAAAGCCUGGUUGGUGAAUGGCAGUGAGGCCCCCUGUUAAGGCGUCCAAUACGGAGCUGCUGGCGGCUGUGGCGGGAUUCCUUUAUCAAACGCCCAAAUCACAAUCUCACCCGAAACCGAGAUGGGUGAUCUUCUAACCGCAUUCCAAUCCCCUCAUCUUACUGUCCAUGACCAGCAGUGCAUUCGAAUUCAGGUGCAGCUUUGUGUCAACAUAUGUUAGGAAACUGGCGCAACUGUAAUGACUUAACGACUUGUCCCCCUCUCGCCAUCUACUUGGGCUUUUCAGCGACUUUGUUAAACAAACUUUGAAGGCGCAGAUCGUACCACCUAGACGGAAGACAUGGAUAUCACGCAGCAGGGCCCGGUGGCCAUCCUGCAGUCGACCGUCAACACCGUCCUCAUUCAUCCCUUACUGUCGCUGCUGGCUGUACUGGUCCUGAUAUGCGUGUACACGCGAAUCGUCUCGGGCAUCAGAUACUCCUCCGCCAUUUCCAAGCUAGGCCAACCAUCCACAGGCCCAAAGACAGUCCCAAUCCUCCCAUACUGGAUCCCAUGGCUCGGUCACGGCAUAUCCUUUGUCUCGGGCGGAACGGAUUUCCUCACUCGCGAGGCGCGCUCGCUCGGUCCAAACGCCUCUAUCUACGCUCUAUCCAUGACGAACUCCACACACAACGUAGUCACAUCACCCAGCAUAGCUCGCCAGAUCCUGAUCGACAGACACAGCCCAAUCACCAUGGAGCCCUUCGUCUACCACAUUAUGAGGACAUUCUGGGACGACCACGGAGCUAUCAAGGCUGUAGAACCUAACGCCCUGUGGGGGGCAAUCCACAGCGCCCUCACCGGCAUGCUACGAGAAAGCUUCGUCACGACCGCAAUCAAAGGCACAGUCAAACGCGUGGAAGAACGAAUGUGGAAUUUGGUCUCCGGACUCGAAAGUCCAGUCGACCAGAGCAGCUGGGAACGUCUGGCCAAUGUCGAAAUCAUCUCCAAGAGCGACAACGACGACAGCUUUGUUGCCGAAGCCAGUCUCUUCCCACUGUUGCGAUUCUUUGUCGGUAACAUCGCCACAGAUGUCCUAUUCGGACAAAACUUCAUCGAAAACUACCCGGACAUCAUGCAGGACCUGUUCGAGAUGGACACGCGGUUCAAUCUCUUCUUGGCCGGCACGCCGAGCUGGAUUCCCGGCAUGGCAAGCGCAUCAACGGCACGCGAAAGAAUCAUCAACGCCGUAUUGGACCACCACGAUGCUUACUUCAAGUACGUGGAUGGCCAAGACCCGGGACCACGCUGGAGUGACAUGUCCGACGUGUCGAGCGUGAUUGCCGACCGAGCCAUCGAAUUUCGCAAAGCAGGCAGCUCCCCACGGGGCUGGGCCACAGGUAACGGUGCGAUCCUAUGGGCCAUGAACAUCAACGCCAACCCGGUCAUCUUCUGGAUGGUAUGGUACAUCUACUCAGACCCAAGAUUGUUGGAAGAACUACGCAGGGAAGUCGCGCCGUAUGUGAAGAUCAACAAGCCCGCAGACACAGGUCUCCCGAUCAAAGAAGCGCCACGGCUGGACAUCGACAUCGCUGCGCUGUGGACUAAAUGUCCACUGCUGAAGGGCGCAUUUUUCGAGACGAUGCGUCUCGAGGCCGCGAGCAUGAGCUACAAGAUGAUCGAGGAGGACUUUGUCGUGACCGAGUCCGAGCAGGAUGCCCGUAUGCUGGGCAAGAACGAAAGCCAGUCGUUCCUCCUGCGCAAGGGCGAGCUCAUCUGCAUUCCACACGGCGUGCACCAGAGCGACGAAAAGUAUUUCCGCGAUCCCGAGCGGUUCGACCCACGGCGCUUCUGGGCCAAAGAUGCUGAAAAAGACGCGAGCAGCGGCGAGGACGUCAGAGUCGAGUACGGCACAAUGAAGGUCUGGGGCGGUGGUAAGCAGAUGUGCAAGGGCAAGACAUUUGCCGAGAGAGAGGUCGUCCUUUUCGCGGCGGCCAUCAUCAUGCAAUGGGACAUGGUGCCCGUCGCUAACGGAGGCAAAUGGACCCAUCCUGGCAGGAAGGUUGGUGCUGGGGCAGUGAACCCUGUCAAAGAUGUCCGGGUGAGGAUGUCGAGGAGGGAGGCAUGGUGAAUGUUGAUCGGAGCGAGGAAGACCUUCGUCGCCUAGCCGAAGAUCGGAAGUUGAUCGUGAAGAAGCUUUUCGGGCAUGGGCAUGCGGAUC